GUUUAGCUCACCACGAAGCUUAGUGAUUAGUCAUACUCGCUCACUGUCUACUUCAGCCGCCGUUUCUUCAACGCCGAUUUUCAGAGACGAGAUUUCGUCUUGCAUUGCACCGGAUAGCCAUGGCUCAGAUUCACGCGGUCUCUUCAUGUUCUUCCACCAAUCUCUUCUGUGGUUUGAAAAGAGAUUCAUGCAGAACUUAUGACAAAGUUCAUUGCAGUCGGCGAAUGGCCUCACAAGAGCAGGUAGGAGUAAAAGCCAGCGAGUUUCACGGCCUUUCAAUCUCCCAAACCCUAGCUAAAUUUGGGCCAGUUCGUGAAAAUCAUGCUAUCAAAGCAGUUUUGGCUAGUGACAAGGAGGUGUCAACUUCUAGCGGUGAUAGUAAGGUUUUGCGUAAAAAGUUGAACAAAGUUGUGCUGGCUUACAGUGGUGGUCUAGACACAUCUGUAAUUGUACCUUGGCUUAGGGAGAACUAUGGCUGCGAGGUUGUGUGCUUCACUGCAGAUGUUGGUCAAGGUCUGCAAGAAUUGGAUGGUUUAGAACAAAAGGCCAGGGCUAGUGGGGCAUGCCAACUGAUUGUGAAGGAUUUAAAGGAGGAAUUUGUGAAAGAUUUUAUCUUUCCUUGCUUACGAGCUGGUGCCAUCUAUGAGAGAAAGUACUUGCUUGGGACUUCAAUGGCUCGUCCAGUUAUUGCAAAGGCAAUGGUUGAUGCUGCCAAAGAGGUUGGAGCUGAUGCUGUAUCUCAUGGAUGUACAGGGAAAGGAAAUGAUCAAGUCCGCUUUGAGCUCACCUUCUUUGCUCUGAACCCUGAACUCAAUGUUGUUGCGCCUUGGAGGGAAUGGGAAAUAACAGGAAGAGAAGAUGCUAUUGAAUAUGCUAAAAAGCAUAAUGUACCUGUUCCAGUGACAAAGAAAUCGAUCUACAGCAGAGACAGGAAUCUGUGGCAUCUCAGCCAUGAGGGGGAUAUCUUGGAGGACCCAGCUAAUGAACCGAAAGAGGACAUGUAUAUGAUGUCAGUAGACCCAACAAACGCACCUGAUACACCUGAGUACGUGAAAAUUGGUAUAGUUGAAGGCCUGCCAGUUUCAGUCAAUGGGAAGGAACUAUCUCCUGCUUCUCUACUUGCAGAGCUCAAUGACCUAGGUGGGAAGCAUGGAGUCGGACGCAUAGACAUGGUUGAAAAUCGACUUGUUGGCAUGAAAAGCCGCGGGGUUUACGAAACUCCUGGCGGGACCAUCCUCUUCUCUGCAGUGCGUGAGCUCGAGUCCCUAACACUAGAUCGCGAGACCAUCCAAAUCAAGGACUCUCUUGCCCUCAAGUAUGCCGAGUUAGUGUACGCUGGUCGGUGGUUCGAUCCUCUUCGCGAAUCCAUGGAUGCUUUCAUGAAGGAAAUUACUAAGACUACAUCUGGUUCAGUGACACUCAAACUUUACAAAGGAUCUGUGAGUGUAGCUGGCAGGGAAAGUCCUAACAGUCUCUACCGGCAAGACAUUUCUUCGUUCGAGAGCGGUGAUAUCUACAAUCAAGCCGAUGCUGCUGGAUUUAUCCGCCUCUAUGGAUUGCCAAUGAGGGUCCGAGCUAUGCUCGAGAAAGGGUUGUGAUGUGUUUAGAGGUGUGGCAUCUCCGUUGUGCUGCGUGACUAACUAUGCGUAGUUAGUAAGGUCGUUUGUUACUUUGUUAGUCUUCACAAGCUUGAAUUUGAAUUACUAGAAUUAUUUUAUAAAACAGAGCUUUUAUUUAUUGUC